AGGUGGGUGGGCAGAAAUACAGUUCAUGAACCAAUAUGGUUCUCACAUUAAGCAAGCUGUUUGACUCUGCCAAAUCCCAAUCGUUUUUUCUUAUUGGUCCAACUGCAUGAAAGGUUGGUUAAACUUUCACAGCAAAGAAAGCUGUUUGGGGAAAAGAUUUAGGGUGAGAGGGAGGAGAGGAAAUUCUUUAAUGGGGAGAGAAAAAAGCAAAGGCUUGAAGUGACUGCGAAAGACUGGUUUUUUUGGCUGCAUUGAUGGAUGAAAAGGAGCAGAAAGAGCAGCUGCAGACAAAGAAAUAACGUUUCCUGGGUUCUGCAGCCAUUUCUGAAUUAUUUUGAAGAACUUCUAGGUUAAAUUGAUUGCUUAAGCAGGGCACAAAAUGCCAAAGCAACACCAGAAAAAAAGAAGUUUAUGCCAACAAACUGGAGCACUUUUGUGGAAGAACAUACUUCUGAAAUGGAGGAUGAGGGUACAAAGUGUUCAGGAACUGUUCUCAUCAUUGAGUCUUCUCCUUUCAUUCUUAAUUUUGUCAUCCAUGAUUGAACUUCAUAGAAGUGGGGAAAUACCUUGGGCAUCUCUUGGACAACUAGAUGAUCCUGUCUUCAAUAGUACGGAUUCUACAAUUCUCUACACACCAGAUACAAAACUCACAAGAAAAGUAAUGGAAAAAUUAGAAAAUGUCUCUGUUUUGAAAGGCAUAAAGACAGAAUUGAUAGACAACGAAAAAGACUUCAUAGAGGAAUACAGCAGAAAUACUAUUGGAGUUGCAUUUCGGGAUGAUGUUUCCUAUGAACUUAGAUUUCCUUUGUAUUUGGUGCAAUCUCCAGAUGAUUUUAAUGCUGAAAUAGAUUUCUGUUACAACUUUUCAAAUCCGUAUUGUUCUUCUCCAAGAUACUGGUUCAAUGGAUUUAUAUCAGUGCAAUCCAGUAUUGAUAGUGCUCUUAUAGAAGAAAUCACCAAUCAUUCUGUCUGGGAUGAAAUGAAAUCCAUUCGUGCCAUCCGUAUGAGAACUCCUUUUAUUACAUCUGCAAGUAGUGUAGAAACCAGUCUAUUCUUUCUUGCUGCGACAGCAUGCUUUUCUCCAUUUAUGUACUUUUUGUCACAAAAUGUUUCAAGAGAGAAAAGGAAAUUAAAGGAGCUGAUGAAGACGAUGGGGCUACGAGAUAUGGCAUUCUGGUUAUCCUGGGCUUUGCUGUAUGCUAUUUACACUUUCAUAAUGUCCUGUGUGAUGGCAGCUUUUCUGAAUCAUUGGUUUUUGUCACAGUGCAGCUUUCUUGCCUUAUUCCACCUGUUCUUCUUAUAUGGCAUCUCAUCUAUAUGCUUCUGUUUCAUGAUCAGUUCUAUUCUUAAAAAGCCCAAAGCAACUUCCUUUGUUACUUCCAUCCUCAUUUUCUUUUUUGGAGCCCUCGCAAUUGUUACAUCAAUUUCUAGAAUUUCUGAACCUUUGGUAUGGAUUUUGAGCAUCUUCUGCCCUUUUGCCUUUGGUACUGAAAUCGCAAAGAUUUCGGUCACAUAUCAAAAAUAUGGACAACCCUUCUAUAUGACUCACCUGAUGAAGGAGCCAUAUGCCUAUAUCCAGUUUUUUGACAGUGUUUUAUACAUGCUGCUGACAUUGUAUUUUGACAAAGUUAUUCCUGACAAAUAUGGAGUGCCCUAUUCUCCCUUCUUUUUCCUAAAGAAGUCCUACUGGUUUAAAUCAAGAAAGCGAUUAUUGGGUGAAGUUUCUACCAAUGAACAAAGCAAAAUCUUCAAUGACAACUUUGAACCCGUACCACCUGAAUUUCAUGGGAAGGAAGAGAUUAGACUAAAUAACAUUAAAAAAACAUACGAAGUGAAGAAAACAAAAACCGAAGCUUUGAGAGGUUUAUCACUGAAUAUCUAUGAAGGCCAGAUCACUGCUAUACUUGGCCACAGUGGAGCUGGAAAAACGACACUGCUAAACAUUCUCAGUGGCCUUUCCAAGCCAUCAGAUGGCUCUGCAACUAUAUUUGGCUAUGAUAUAUCAGAAAGGGCAGAUAUGGAAGAAAUUAGAAAUAUAAGUGCUGUGUGCCCUCAAUUCAACAUUCAGUUUGAAUUUUUAACAGUGAAGGAAAACCUAAAGACUUUUGCUAAAAUAAAAGGUGUUCCAUCCAAUGAUAUAGAAAAGGAGGUUCAAACACUGAUGACCCUCUUGGAUAUCACUGGCAUUCAAAAUGUUCAAGCUAGCCAUUUAAGUGGUGGACAAAAACGAAAAUUAUCCCUUGCGAUUACAUUUUUAGGAGAGCCACAGGUCAUGCUUUUAGAUGAACCAACUGCAGGAUUGGAUCCCUAUUCUAGACACCAAGUGUGGUCAAUCUUAAAUGAACGCAAAACAGAUCGAAUUAUUCUGUUUACAACUCAGUUCAUGGAUGAAGCUGAUAUUCUUGCCAACCGGAAAGCUUUCAUUUCAUAUGGCAAGUUGACAUGUGUUGGUUCAUCUUUGUUCUUGAAGAAAAAAUGGGGUAUUGGCUAUCAUUUGAGGAUGCAUAUAAAUGAGAUGUGUGAUCCUGAGAGGACUACAUCUCUGGUGAAGCAACACAUUCCUGAUGCUAGAUUAUCAGAACAGCGUGAAAAUGAGCUGAGUUAUACCUUGCCCCUUGAACACAUGGAUAGAUUUCCAGGUCUGUUCUGUGACAUGGAUCAGCAGACAAACCUGGGCAUUGCUCAUUAUGGGGUCACUAUGACCACUCUGGAAGAUGUCUUUCUAAAGCUGGAAGGAAACGAAAUAAUUGAUGAAGAUUAUGGAGCUCAUCGUGGUGAGCGAGUGGAAGGGGGAAAAUGGGGUGAAAUGAGACAAGAAGAGCCAUUGCUCUCAGACACAGGAAAGGUAACACUUAGAGGCAUGGCACUCUGGAGACGGCAAGUUUGCGGCAUAGGAAGAAUGCACUUUUUGAAUCUCAAGCGCGAGGGCAAAGUCUGGGCAACGCUAUUACUUCUUAUUGGAAUUAUACUAGCACCUUUUAUCAUUCAGUACACUACUAUUGGUAUUUGGUCUACCCAGCAUAAUACGGAGAUUCAUUCUGGACUUUAUUUUGAGCCAGGAAAGCAAUUUUUUACAGGAACCUCUGGACUUCUGAUCGUUAAUGAUACAGGUGCAAACAUUGACACUUUUAUCCAUGCAGUGAAGAAACAGAAUAUCUCGCUGGAUGUAGUCUCUGGCAGUAACAUCAGUGACCAGUUAGUACACAAUGGAGCCAUAAAAGUAGCCACGGAAGACAAGAAAUACAGGUUCACAAUUAUGUGUCACUUGGAAGUAAUCAAUUGCUAUCCUGUCCUUGUCAACAUAAUAAGCAAUGCUUUUCUAAAAAUGUCAAAUUCAACUGCCCGUAUUCGAUUGUGGAAUCAUGCACUUCUAAGAGAGGGUUUUAACGAAGAACUUUGGGAGUUUUUUUCUGAAGGAUACAUUCUUGCAGCUGCUUUGUUAUUCCCAGCUUUUCCUCCAAACUUUGCAAUGGCAAGCAUCCGUGACUACAAGAUAAAAACUUGCUCUCAGCUGCAGAUUUCAGGAGUUUUCCCUUCUGCAUAUUGGUGUGGACAAGCUCUGGUGGAUAUUCCCUUGCUUUGCAUUGUAUUUCUCUUAGUGUUUUGGCCUUCGAUGAUACAAGUGUUCGCUACAUAUCUUCGUAUGACCAUGAUUACCUGUUUGGUAUCAUUUCUGCUUGGGUACAGCACAUCAGUUAUCACAUUCCAAUAUGUGCUUGCCUUUAUAUUUCGCAAAAAAUGGUAUCCUAGCAGCUUUUGGUCAUUUAUCCUCAUUUUGGUGACACUGGUUAUUAUUGUGAUCCAAUUUGCCCUUUUUCGUCUGACCUUUACGGCUUAUGUGCUGAUGUUUUUUAUUCCUACGUAUGGAUGUGUCGUCUUUUUGCAAUCUUUCUUAACAUUACAGCGCCUGUUUAGUCCUGAAGACGAGAAAUGGUACACUAGUACUAUAAAGCUACUGUGGGGCACCUCCUUUAUGCCAUAUCUCAGCUGUGCAGCUUUCAUGUUAUUACUUUGGUGGCUGGUGAGGAAAUAUAGCAAGCCAGUUAUGAGAAGAGAUCCUGUCUUUAGAAUUUCUCCCCAGAGCCAGAGCGUCCAUCAGAAUCCCGAAGAGCCCAGUGAAAAUGAUAGAGAUGUUAAAGAGGAAAGGGCAAGAGCUCAAACUGCCCUGGCAUCUGUAAAUCAGGAAGAGAAACCAGUUGUCCUUGUCCACAACCUGCGCAAGGAGUACAGAAGCAGGAAGAGCUGCUCCUGUUUGAAGAACAAGUCAGGAGGCAAAGUGGCCACUAGAACUGUCUCAUUUUGUGUUAAAAAAGGAGAAGUUUUAGGGCUAUUGGGACCCAAUGGAGCUGGUAAAAGUACAACAAUUAGCGUGAUAACAGGAGACACAAAUCCAACAGCUGGACAGGUGCUGAUAAAAGGGGCUCAUGUGUCAGCAGUGGAAGGGAACGCAGGUGGCUUUCUUGGCUACUGUCCUCAGGACAAUGCUCUCUGGCCCAAUUUGACGGUGAAAGAACAUCUGGAGAUUUAUGCAGCUGUGAAAGGGAUAAAGAAAGAUGCCACUGCUUCUGUUGUCGAUCGAAUAGCAAAAGCUCUAGAACUCCAAGAACAUUUGGAAAAGACUGUUAAGUCACUACCUGCUGGAUUAGCUAGAAAAUUAUGCUUUGCCCUGAGCAUUUUGGGAAAUCCUACUGUGAUACUGUUUGACGAACCAACUAUAGGAAUGGAUCCCAAAGGAAAACGUCAGGUCUGGAGAGCAAUUCGCUCUGUUUUGAAGGACAACAACCAGGGUGCCAUUCUGACCACUCACCACAUGGAAGAAGCUGAGGCAGUGUGUGACCGAGUAGCUAUCAUGGUGUCUGGACAACUCAGGUGCCUUGGCUCUAUUCAGUAUCUGAAAAGCAAAUUUGGCAAAAAUUAUUUACUCCAAAUAAAAGUAAAAGGAGUAGAGGAAGGAGAGCUUCUGAAUACUAGGAUUCUGCAGAUCUUCCCACGUGCAGCCCGUCAAGAAAGAAUAUCUACUUUAUUGAUCUACAAGGUCCCAAUGGAAGAUGCACUUCCUCUUUCCAAAGCAUUCUCCAUGCUAGAGGAAGCUAAACAAAGCUUCAAUCUGGAGGAAUACAGCUUUUCUCUGAACACUUUGGAGCAGGUUUUCCUAGAAGUUUGCAAAGAGCAAGAACAAGUUGAUGCCGACACAGUUCUGGAUACAGCUUUUGAAUGGAAGCACCUACAGGAGGCCGAUCCCUAAGUUGGUAACAACUUGACACAGUCAAAGAAACAACUCUGCCUUUCAGGAAGAUCACAUCUAGUUUAUAUCCUAGGCUGGAAGCCCCAAGGAAGAGGACAAUACAGUUGAUACCUAUUCCUCUAUAUUGUAAAAGAUAUAUGUAUGACUAACACCCUUAUUAGUCACAUUGUAAUAUUUGUGGACACUUUGAAUUUUAUUGGGGACAGCUAAUUCUCUGACACCAGAAGUGAUUUGCAGUUUUUCAAGUCACUUCUGACAUGAAAAAAAAUGGGGAAAGGUGCUUUUUCAGCUUUCUUUCAUUCUAAAGAAGGAAAAUGAAUUGGAGUGGAAGAAAUAGAAAUUCAUGAAUAUUUUAAAAUGUAUCAUGAAAAGUUAUGACUGAAAUGGUGCAAUUGUCAUCCAUUUGAAAAGUACAGAUGCCUUAUCUUGUUCUAAUAAAACCAAUGUACCCUGUGUUAAGAGAUAGAUCACUUACGUAUUUUAGCUACUCAAACAUUCCCUCUUGACUCCUCUAAGAGGUUUUUUUUUUCAAACAGACAAAAACUAAGCUAUUAAGAUAUAAACCAUCAACACUAUUGCUGUGACCUAAGGUAUAGACCAAGGGUCCACAAACUUUUAAAACAGAGGGCCAGGUCACAGUCCCUCAAACUAUUGGAGGGCCGGAUUAUAAUUUGAAAAAAAAAAUCAGUGAAUUCCUAUGCACGCUGCACAUAUCUUAUUUGUAAUGCAAAAAACACUUAAAAACAAUACGAUAAUUGAAAUGAAGAACAGUUUUAACAAAUAUAAACAAAUAUUUCAACGGGAAGUGUGGACCUGCUUUUGGCUGAUGAGAUAGGAUUGUUUUUGUUGUUGUGUGCUUUCAAGUCAUUUCAGACUUAGGUUGACCUUGAGCGAAGGCUGGGUAAAUGACCUUGGAGGGCCGUAUCUGGCCCCCGGGCCUUAGUUUGAGGACCCCUGAUCUAACUUGAUGAUUACUUCAUCCUUCUCCUCAGUCUAUUUGGAUUAAAGCUACAGGAAUCUAAAUCCCAUGUCCACUUUGCCAACUUUAGGAUCAGAAGUGACAUGGGAUAAGCAUAGACAACGAAGGACAGCACAAGAUCUGUUGCUGCCUGAAGCAAAAGUGCUAAUGACAACACUUUCCCAUCUUUAAGCCAAGGUGCAUUAUGCUUAAAGACAGUCAAGGUAUUUGAUACGUGAACGGGACAAUCUCACGAGCAUCAUUCCCAUUUCUGGCAGUAGAAAUAUAACAAGACUAAUAGAUUAAAACAACUUGAUUUGUGGCAUGCCAACUCAGCUGCCCAAAGCAAAAUCAAUUAUACUUUUUUCAAAAUGUAUUUAAUUUUUUUAAAAAAACCCACUUUCCUUCAAACUUACAGGAUUAAGAAUUAUCAUUAAAAUUUCAAUAUUCAGUUAUAAUAACGCAGCAAAAGAUUUAUUUUGUAAUUUGUGAUAAUCAACACAAUAAUGCAGUAUUAACUAUGAACAAUAUUAGCAGUAUUCAUUUUUUGUUCAUUCUUUGGUGCUGGUCAUCGACCAUAAUAAAUAAAUAUAUAUAAUUUCAGCAAUAUGAAUUAAAUAUCCUGUUUUUUAAAAAAUAAAUAAAUGAUAUACUGUUUAAACUACAA